UGCCACAAGACACUGUACGCGUCGUUUGGCACCUCACUGGAGGACCUGUGGGGGACCAGGCAGGUGUGCUGAUGUCCAGCAUGUUGUGUGUGGAGUGACUAACCCCACACAGGAGAAUACGCACCUGAGGAAUACACUGAAGAUCCCCAGAGGAGCGACAUAUCAGAAAAAAAGUGAUCAGUGAUGGUUGUGCUCCUGAAUUCCUUAGUACAGCCAAACCUUACAGGGACUACCCCAUCGUUCCAGAUCUGAGGAGAGGGACUGGGACCGCGCAACAACCCAAGGGAACUGGCCACCGGUUGCGAUGACGGCACUGUUCAGGGUCUUAUGGGGUCAAAAGCAGUCAGAGCCCCAAGAGAAGAGGCCCGCUGCGCCGGUGCACCCUAGCAACCAUGAGGAGGACUCGGAAGAUGACGGCCGGAUCAUCACUCCCAUUCGCAGGAACUCCCGCUUCUACCGCUCCAUGAGAAAGAAGAGGCUGGCCUCGUCAGAUCUCGAAAGCCCUGCACGCUCUCCGAGGCCUGGCCCAGAGCCCAGCCCAGCCAGUGGGUCAGGCAACAGCUCCCUCGGUGUCCCUGUUCUCCAGAAACCUUCUCUAUCACCACGGGCAAAACGUACGCCAACCUCUCCGCAUCCACCCCAUUCCGGAACUGAGUUGCCAAGCAACGGGGAGCUGAGGAGCCCACGUGCGCCUCCUAGUGGGGAGCUUUCCCCACUUUGGACUAGGAGAGGAGGAAGAGGAGGAGGAGGAGAAGGAGCGGGGUGGCAGAGUGCCGAUGGUUCCCCAGCAAACGGACAGUGUGGUGGGGGCUCUUCCUCCUCCUCUUCCUCCUCCUCUGUUCCCAGGGCUCUGCCGUACAGGACGCACGGAAUGCACACUGGAGACAUGGAGCGCCUCUCGGAACGCACCGCUGUCGCCUGCUCCAUUCAGGAGCCCAGAAGGGACACACUGUCACCAAAACCAGCGGAGGAGGUGACCGACGUAGGCGGUUUCAAACUCAGGUUAGAGAGAAAUGGAGAAGGGGAGGGCACAACACCGCUAAAAAAAGAACCCAUCUGCCACCGCAUCAACAUUGUCAAGAACAUCGCUUUCCUGUACCAGGAGUACCGGGACACCUCCAAGCAGCAGGAGAUUGAGCAGCGGCGGCAGCAGGAUGGGUUGACCUCUGGGGUCAGUGCGGGGUCGGGAGCGACAUCCCCACCGGCCCUGCAGCUGCAGCUGAGGAACAACUCCCGCUCUCUCAGCCUGUGGCAAAACCUGGAGGUCGUGCAGCAGAGUGGCCUGCUCACCCAGCUGCCCCAGCGAGAGGUCAUCAUACAGGAGGCCAUGUUUGAACUGGUGACCUCAGAGGCCUCCUACUACAAGAGUUUGGAAUUAUUAGAGACCCACUUCCUGAAGAAUCCACAACUGGUCCAAACCCUCAGCCAAUCAGACAUGCACUUCCUGUUCUCCAACAUCGAGGAGGUGAUGAAGGCCAGUGAGAGGUUCCUGAUGGACCUUGAGAACCGUAUAGAAGAAUCCAUUCAGAUCUCAGAGGUGUGUGACAUCGUCUACGAACACGCCGUCAAGCACUUCCAUGUCUUCAUCACCUAUGUAAUCAACCAGGUGUACCAGGAGAAGAACUACCGACGCAUUCUACUGGGGAACCAGCAGUUCCGUGAGGCCAUGUCUCAGCUGGAGAACCAGCCUGCUGUCAGAGGCCUCUCCUUCACGUCCUUCCUCAUCCUCCCCUUCCAGAGGAUCACACGGCUCAAACUGUUAGUCCAGAACAUUUUGAAGAAAGCUGAGGAGAAUUCUGAGAGGGAGGCCAAUGCCAUCAAAGCUCACCAGCAGCUGGAGCAGAUUGUGAAGGAGUGCAACGAGGGUGUGAGGAAGAUGAGCCGUACAGAAGAACUCAUUAGCAUUGAGAAAACGUUGGAGUUCAAAUCUAAGUCAGUGCCGGUGAUCUCCCACUCACGCUGGCUGCUGAAGAAGGGGGAAGUGCAGCAGAUGGGCGGGCCCAAGAGCACCAGGACCAUGCGAAGCAAGAAGCUUUACCAGCCACUUUACCUGUUCCUCUUUAACAACCUGUUGCUGAUCACCAAGCGCAGCUCCAGUGGUGAGAAGUUCCAGGUGCUUGACUCGUGCACACGGGCCAUGUUGAGGACUGAAGACCUGGAUGAUCAAGGCCAGAUGUUGGCCUAUGUGUUUAACCUAAAACUCCUGGAGAAUCAGGAGGACAGGCCUGUCAGUUAUAUGCUAAAGACCUCCAGCAUGAGUGAUAAGCUGCGUUGGAUAUGUGCCCUUACGCCAAAUCGCCGCACGCGGUUUAUGUCCACCAGCACCCACCAACCAGACUCUCCCCAGGUGCAGUGCAUUCAGUCAUACUCGUCUCAGGAGCCAGAUGAGCUGUCCAUAGAGAUGGCCGAUGUGCUGAACAUCCUGGAGAGGACGGACGAUGGCUGGAUGAUGGGCGAGAGGCUCCAUGAUGGAGAGAGGGGUUGGUUCCCCUGUCGGGUGGUAGAGGAGAUCCAGAACCAGGAGGUGCGAGCCCAGAAUAUUAGGGAGUGUCAGAGAAUCCACCUAGCCCAGGGAGGGGGCACUGCUUCAGGGGCCAGAUUGGGCUCCAGGGGUGGGAGGCGUACCCCGAAAACCCCCAAAGUCUCCAACUUCUUUGGUACCUGGAGUGACCAGUCAGAGGAAGUGUAAAGCACAUUACAUUUACCCUUUAAGUGAUUACUGGGAACCCCCUGGCAGCCAUCUUUACUGGACUAAAUGGAUCAAACCCUGUGUUGAUGGUUUGCCCAACUCAGGUGGUUUAAAUGCGCCAGGGUUUAGGUUCCCAGGCUCCCCUAAUUGGUCCUAAGAUCAAAGCACUUAUAAACAAACAAACUUUCUUCCAUAACACCAAACACUGCAUGUCUUACACAAUGACAUUCCAGAAGAAAGAAUGAUUCAGCACUAACAGUGAAACGGCACAGGAAGGCUAAGAAGGAAUUGGAGCUACGCAAGUGUUAGUAGAACUGAGGCAAUGAGUGGGAGAAUAGCAUGUGAAUACAUCGUGAACACGCCUCAUUUGCAUGGAUGUGUUUUGUUCUUUCACUUUUGAAGUGCUUUUUUUUACAGAGAAUCACAACUCCCAGAACUGGCUUGAUGAUCCACCCUUUUGUUUAGAGCCACUCCUCUUUUGAAAAAAGAACAGGGUUUAACAACAGGUCAACAGGCAUGGACUGGAAAUUGACUAUGAAUGUCUCAUUUAACUCUAAAUAGAACAAUGACAUAACGGCUCAAUAUUGGGCAGGAGGUUCAUAAAUGGACAAGAUGAGCACUACAGAAUAACAGGCUUUAAAUAAACACUGGACAUGUGUUAAGGGGGCCAGUCCUCAAGCAAGUACCGACACGCCACACACACGCACACACACACACAAGCACACACACACGUACACAAGGAAUUCCUGCACAACCAGUCCAACGCCAAAACCCCUGCACACACACCCGGUCCUAAAGAGUCAGCAAAGAAUGUAAGAGCACACUGACAGCACUGGAUGGCAUUGAUAUGGGUGUGUGUGUAUGAUGAGUUUAUGUAUACUGGAAACCUUGAAUGUUUAAUAGGUGAUGAAAUAAUAAUUACUCAAUAAUUGUCAUUUCAUUUUGUAAGAUGUAAUUUAUUGUUAAUAAAACAAAAUCAAAUUCAAAUGGA